AUGAGCAGUGAGAUAGAUCAGUUAUACAAGAUUUGUUGUGUUCUUGGCAAACCAGACUGGACCACGUUUCCUGAAGCAAAAAGCAUAUCUCGGAUCAUGAGUAUUAGUCACACAGAGUUUCCACAUACAAGGAUUGCUGAUCUACUCCCUAAUGCUUCUCCUGAAGCUAUUGAUUUGAUCACUAGACUUUGCUCAUGGGAUCCAUUGAAACGACCAACUGCUGAUCAGGCGCUAAACCAUCAUUUCUUUAAUAAUUUUCUCUUUUUCCCCAUGGUUAACAAUGAUCGUGAACCAUCAGUUUUCUGGUCUCUGCUCUCUCCUGAUGAAAACCGCGUCCAUGCACCUGUUGAAUCAUCAUGUGCUUUAUCUCUGUCCUUCAGUCCAAUGCAGCAACACACAAGCGUGGGACCUCCACCACAUUCAACAACAGGGUUCACCAUGGGAUCAUCAAUGCAACCGAACAUGUUGGACCGUCCAUGGAUGGCUUUGUCUGUGCCCUUUCAACAGUCUCACUACCUCUGA